UCUGAAAAUUUUUCAUUACGUGCACUCAGUACAUGAUGAGUGGAAAACUACCACCUCGAAAACUGCACUCACAUCAAUCUGCGUUAACUAAGCUGUAACGGGCGUGUUAAAGCCAUAUUAUAAUGAUGAAUCUCCCCUGACAGGUUACAUUGAGCGGCAUGUCUUUAUAUACCCGUUGAAAUCCGCCUAGACUUGACUCGUUAGUGCAAGAGUUGCAAUGGCUGGCGCCGCCACGUCCAGCUGGGACAAGUUUGUCCUGCUUCUGUGGAAGAACUGGACCAUCCAGCGGCGCCACUACCUGCAGACCGCGUUCGAAGUUCUCGUCCCGGUGUUGUGCUGUUCGUUUCUUCUUUUGAUACGUGGAGUUGUGAAGCUGAGGCACGUGCAGUCCAGUACCGUGUUCAACCCGCUGUCUACCGAUGUACUGAGCAGGUUCAAACUACCAUCCGAUGUGCAAAUUCUGUUGGCGUAUUCACCUCAAAAUCCAAUACUGGAAGGGGUCGUUAGCAGAGCUGCGGAAUCGCUCAAUAUAACGUACAGAGGAUACCCUAACGCGGUCUCACUGGAGUCGACCCUAAUGAAUAGCAGCAUCUUGGCUGGGGUAGAAUUCGAAGAUGAUCUCACGUUCAUAGAUAAACUACCGGAGAAGCUGAACGUCGCGAUCAGAUUCCCUAGCAAGCUUCGGACCAGCAUGGAAAACUCCCUACCGAACUGGGAAACCCGACUUCUGCAGUUUCCCUUUACGCCGGAACUUCGCGAGAUUUCACUGGACGCGGGAGGUUACCCGGAGUACUACUACGAAGGCUUCCUGUCCGUUCAGAGCGCCAUUUCGAAAGCGAUCAUCGAGGAAUUCAACGCCAAUGUUUACCUUCCAAACGUUUAUGUGAACCGCUUCCCAUAUCCACCACACUACGACGAUGGAAUCCUACGCGUACUGGAAUCGUGGCUCCCGUACAUUAUGCUUUUCACGUUCUUCUACCCGUGCGUAGUGAUGAUCAAGCACAUCACGGUCGAGAAGGAACACCAGCUCAAAGAAUCGAUGAAGAUCAUGGGACUCUCCGGUGGCUUGCAGUGGAGUGCGUGGUUCGUGAAGAACAUGCUACUGCUAGUGCUCUCGAUUUCGAUGAUCACUGCGCUGCUUUGUGUACCGCUGGUCAACAACAUUCCGAUCCUGAAACAUUCCGACUGGACUGCCAUUUGGUUCUUCCUGUUUGUCUAUUCCGUCGCUACAGUGUGCUUCUGCUUCAUGAUGAGUGUCUUCUUCGACAAGGCAAGUGUUGCCGCAAGGGUAGCUGGCUUCGUUUGGAUCCUGUCCAUUGUACCGUACAAGCUGGCCUUGCCCAUCUACGACUCCUUGUCAGUUGGUAUCAAAUCUAGUCUCAACAUUGUAUCAAACUCCGCCAUGUCCUUUGGGAUUCGUAGCAUCAUACGCCUGGAAGUACUUGAACGGGGUCUUCAGUGGAACGAUUUCUCCACCCCAGCUACGAUCGACGAAGAGUUGAACGUUGGACUGGUGAUCGCGAUGCUACUGAUAGAUGCCUUGAUAUACCUAACCAUCGCAAUAUACGUCGAGCAAGUUAUGCCCGGAGAAUUCGGAAUCGCAAAACCGUGGUAUUUCCCAUUUUCUUUCAAGUGUCGCUCCAGCGCGUCAAAAACGCCAACUUCUCAAAAUCAGAAAUCAGACUUCAUCGAAUCGGAUCCCAGCUCAAGCCCUGUCGGAAUUCAAAUCCGAAACCUUCGUAAGGUUUACCCAGGCAAUAAAACUGCUGUCAACGGGCUCGUUCUCAACAUGUACGAAGAUCAGAUCACCGUAUUGCUGGGUCACAACGGUGCUGGCAAGACCACCACCAUGUCUAUGCUGACGGGAAUGAUCGCGCCGACCUCGGGUACGGCAUACCUCAACGGGCACGACGUCCGCACCGAGAUCGAAGGAGUUCGACGAUCUUUGGGCAUCUGCCCACAGCACAACGUGCUGUUCGAUGAACUGACCGUGGAGGAACACCUCCGAUUCUUUGCAAGAUUGAAAGGCAUUCCAAAGAAUGGUCUGCACGGAGAGAUCGAAAAGUACCUUGUGAUGUUGGAGUUGACGGACAAGCGCAACGCACAAUCUCACACGCUGUCCGGUGGUAUGAAGCGAAGACUUGCCGUAGGAGUUGCCCUAUGCGGUGGAUCCAAGGUGGUCCUGCUGGAUGAGCCAACCUCCGGAUUGGAUCCGUCAGCUCGUAGAUCCCUCUGGGAUCUGCUACAACAGGAGAAGAAACAUCGAACGAUUCUACUUACCACGCACUUCAUGGACGAAGCGGACGUCCUCGGGGAUCGCAUUGCGAUCAUGUCCGGCGGAGUGCUGAAGGCAGUUGGGUCACCGUUCUUCUUGAAGAAAAACUUUGGCGCCGGAUACCGGUUGAUCUGCGUGAAAGGUCCGCGCUGCGACAAGCAACAGGUGUUGGACAUUCUGCGGAGGUUCAUUCCAGACGUUCGCAUUGCCACGGAUAUCGGGUCCGAGCUGUCGUUUGUUUUGAAUGAGGGUUACCUACAGGUGUUCCAACCGAUGUUGGAAGAUCUGGAAGGUAGAAUGCGAGAGUGUGGAGUUAAUAGCUACGGUAUCUCGUUGACUACGAUGGAGGAGGUGUUCAUGAAAGCCGGAAGUGACAUCUCUCAGGGAAGCAAGAGAUCAAAAGAAAUACCUAUCGAGACAGCACCCCAGAAAUAUUCGCUAAACAAACUCGAACUGUACACCGGUCGACAGCUACUAUUAAACCAAGUUAAGGGUCAAUUCUUGAAGAAGUACCUCUCCAGUCUGCGAUCACAUAUUCUACUAAUAACACAACUUUUGGUUCCAAUCGUCUUCGCAAUAGUGGCAUCCAACAAGGAUACCCUCGAGUAUCGGAAUCUUCCCCCAUUGACUAUGUCUUUUGAGCCGUACAAGGAAACGGUAACCGUUGUAGGGAGAUCGCUGGACAAUUCGUAUUUGAUACAAGCUUAUGAGAAACUGUUUGACAAGAUUGAUGGAAGGCAUCACCUCAAAUUAAUAUCUUCGAACAUGAAUGAAUUCAUGCUUCAAACUUCCAUAGAUUCAAUUUACGAGGUCAACACCCAGUACAUGGCAGGCGCUACCUUUCACUACAACAACUACACGGCUUGGUUCAACAACAAGGGCUACCACACUGCUCCCUUGGCAGUAUCCCUAUUGUACAGUGCUGUCCUUGCUUCAGAAUGCCCUACAUGUGAACUGACCAUCACGAACAAGCCUCUACCUUACCCACCCAACGUUCAGGAAAAUUUGUUGGAAAGUGUCAUUGGAUACAGCAUGAUAAUCAACACCGCCUUCGCGAUGGUCUUCGUAUCGUCGCUGUACAUCAUGUUCUACAUUAAAGAACGCACCAUACGUGCCCGAAUGCUCCAGUAUGUUAGUGGAACGAAUGUUACCUUCUACUGGACGGUGGCUUUCAUUUGGGAUUACUUUACCUUUCUGGUGACCUGCGUGAUCUACAUCGUCGUAUUAGCUGUGUUUCAAAAGAGUUCGGCUUUCAUCGAACUUGGUCAAGUGGUUCUCCUGUUGAUGUUCUACGGGUUGGGAUUCCUACCGUUGACCUACCUCUUCACGUUCGUGUUCAACAAUACGAGCUCCGGAUACGGAUUCAUCAUGUUGUUCAACAUAACAACGGGUGUCGUCUUCUACGCGAUCGGUGAACUACUUCGGCUUCCCACUAUCGAUCAGGAAGAUCUGGCUGACGACUUGGAGUGGGCAUUCCUGCUUUUCCCAAGCUUUGCCCUGUUCCAGGGGUUGGAAAACAUGGACGUGAUCGUGUCUGGUGUGAUGGACUGUCGGAAUGAUUGCAACUUUAUAGCUGGUUGUACGCUUGAUACCGCUUGCGAUUGGACUCCCACGUGCUGUGAUCUACCGGAGUUGUACUCCUUCCGUGAAGUGGGAAUCGCUAGGAAUUUGCUAUAUCUUUUGGUGGUUGGAAUAACUGCCUUCGUUGCGGUUUUACUGAUAGAAUAUCGAGUCCUCAGUAAGGUCAAGCAAUGCGAUACUUGGAAGAAGAAGCCACGUUUGUCAGCCGACGAAGAUUCAGAGGUAACCGCUGAGAAGGAACGAGUUCAGAAUAUGCGCAAGAGUGACAUCCGGAACUACAAUCUCGUGAUGCGGAAUGCAACCAAAUAUUACGGGAACUUCCUAGCGGUGAACAAUCUGUCGGUAGCGAUCGAUCGAUUUGAGUGCUUUGGUUUGCUGGGAAUCAACGGAGCCGGGAAGACGACUACCUUCAAAAUGUUGAUUGGAGACGAGACCUUUUCGUCCGGGGUGGCUUGGGUAGAGGGGACUCGACUGAAAUCCCCAUUGAAUACUGUGCAUCAGAGAAUCGGUUACUGUCCACAGUUUGACGCACUACUGGGUAAUCUUACCGGAAGGGAGACGCUGACAAUUUUCGCCCUGUUACGAGGAGUUCCCCGUGAUGAUAUCCAGAACGUAUCGCUGUCUUUGGCUGAAGAUUUGCACUUCCUGAAGCAUCUAGACAAGAAGAUCAAGGAGUAUAGUGGUGGAAACAAGCGAAAGCUCAGUGCAGCCAUCGCACUCAUGGGAAACCCCUCGAUUGUAUACCUCGAUGAACCGACUACGGGAAUGGAUCCGGGAGCGAAGCGGCAGCUCUGGAACGUGAUCUGCAAGGCAAGAAGCUCGGGCAAAUCUAUCGUGUUGACUUCGCACAGCAUGGAGGAGUGUGAAGCGCUGUGCACCCGACUGGCGAUCAUGGUCAACGGCGAGUUUAAGUGUCUCGGAUCGACGCAACACUUGAAGAACAAGUUCGUUAAGGGAUUCCUGUUGACAAUCAAGGUGAAAAGGACGGAUGAUCAGCAAGAGCAGAGAGUGGCUAGGGUCAAGUCGUUCGUGGAGGAUACAUUUGAUGGAGCUGUGCUGAAAGAACAAUAUCAGGACUCGUUGAGCUAUCACGUGCCACAGGCUGAUCUCAAAUGGUCGGCCAUGUUUGGGCUGAUGGAAUCACACAAGGAGCAGCUUGAAGUUGAGGAUUACUCCCUGGGACAAGCUGCGCUUGAGCAGGUGUUUCUACACUUUACAAAACAUCAGCGAGUGGAAGAUUAAUUGAAGCUAUUUUUGUUUUGUAUUUAUUAAUUAUCAUAAAAUAUGUGAUUUUUUAA